GGAGAGCCAGGGAGAACCCAGAGUGAGCUCGCGGGGGAGCGCGAGAGCGUCCGCUCUAGGCGGCACUUCUCGUUUGUCUCCGUGGUGUUGAGUGAAGGGCGUGCGGCACGGGCUUGUCAUCAUGGCAACUGAGACCGAGGCCGGGGAACCCGGGAAGGGGAAGUCCUUUAAGCUUCUAGGAAUUUUGGACGUCCAGAAUGUACCUUGUGCACGAGACUCUCUAUUCUAUGGCUCCUUAGGAUCUUUCUUAGCUGGCUUUGGACAUUUUUUAUUUACUAGUAAAGUUAGAAGAUCUUGUGAUGUUGCAGUGGGAGUAUUUAUUUUGGGAACUUUAGGAUGCUGGUUUCCUUGUAGAUAUAAUUAUGCAAAGGAAAGAAUCCAGCAAAGAAUUGUCCACGAAGGAAUAAAAAACAAAAUUUUGUUUGAAAGCACCAACCUUGAUCCUGAAAGAAAACAAAACAGCACCAAAAGCAGCAAUUCUUAAUCUAGACCAGAAGGCUAUGGAACAACUUAAAGCCUUACUUGAAAUAACGGACUAUAAGCCAACUUGAUCAGCUGUAGAAACAUUUAACAGCGAUGCUUUUUAAAAAAUGGAAAAGUAAUUUUAAAAAUAUCUGCACUGUAUUAGAAAUUUCAUUCUCUGUAUUGUAAAUGUCAAAUUUUUCUGAGUGCAACACAAUUUAGAAUUUACUGAUACUGUGAUGUGAAAUAAAUGACAAAACAAAGUG